GCGACAGGCUUGGAGCCCACUUUGUGCAUUUUGUUGGCGCUGAAUUAUUCAAACAUUCAUCAUGGCAAUAUCGAGCAGCACACGGACGCUGCGAGUCGCGGUGGUCCUGGCGGCGGCGCUGGCGCUAAUCUCGGCGAUGCCGUCGCCGCAGCCAACGUUCGGUCUGGGUCUGCUGGGGUUGCUGGGCGGAGGUUUGCACCACCACUCGCACAUCUACUCCCCGUACUACCACCAUAGCCCCUAUUAUUACGGAUACGGACAUUACGGGUACGGCCAUCACGGCCAUCACGGACUGUACCACGGCAAGGGCUAUUACGGCGGCUUGUGGGGCUAGUCGGCCAUAAAUCAGCCGCAAAAGUGGCGCUCUACUUUUUUAUUGGAUUCCUCCACCGAGACAGCCGCAUGCAUCACCAACCUGAUUAUGACUGACCGCCAUGUACAUAUUUAUUUCCCUGAAGAACAAAAGAAUGUCUGCAACUGAAACCAUUUUUUCACUUUGAUGUUUGAUUAACUGUGUUCAAGCUUGAAAAUAAAUUCAAACUGGCUUUUGCAAUUGCGGUGAUUUUCCUUAUAA